AUGGUUCAAGAAAGCACAAUGAUUUGUGUCGACAAUUCUGAGUGGAUGCGAAACGGUGAUUUUCAACCAACUCGUCUUCAGUCGCAACAAGACGCUGUCAAUCUUGUCACACAAUGUAAAUUGCGCGCUAAUCCGGAGAAUGCAGUCGGAAUUCUUUCCAUGGCAGAUAGCGUUCAAGUGUUGUCCAGUCUCUCAACAGAACAAGGUCGCCUAAUGAUGAAGACUCACUCUAUCGAGCCAUAUGGAAAAUGCAAUUUCAUCGCCGGAAUCAAAAUUGCUCAUCUGGCUCUCAAGCAUCGUCAAAAUCGUAAUCACAAAAUGCGCGUUGUGCUUUUCAUCGGGUCACCUCUCGAGGAUAUUGAUACUGCUGAAUUAACGAAAAUUGGCAAGAAAAUGAAAAAGGAAAAAGUACUCUGCGAUGUUGUAAUGUUCGGUGACAAUGAUACUGAUGGACAUGAGAAAUUCUCGGCGUUUGUGGAUACUUUGAAUGGAAAAGAAGGAACGGGAUCCUCGCUUGUUGUUGUUCCGACUGGAUCUUCUCUCACUGACGCUUUGAUGCAAUCUAGCGUUUGCAAAAACGAGGACGGUCAGGCAGCUUUCGGAGCCGGUGGAGGUGGUGCUGACAACGCAUUCGGAAUGGACGUGGACAAUGAUCCAGAUUUGGCUUUGGCUCUUCGCGUUUCGAUGGAAGAAGAACGUGCUCGUCAAGCAGCUGCUGCAGCCGCCAAUGGAGGCGCAGCAGCUGAUUCUGGUGCUGAUCAAGAGAUUGCUGCCGCGGCAGCAGUUCCAUUCGAGGAAAUGGAUAUGGGCGCAAUGACCGAAGAGCAACAGUUGGAAUGGGCACUUCGUCUCUCAAUGCAAGAAAAUGCUCCAUCGACUGAACAACCACAGGCCCAACAAGAAGAACAAAUGGAUGUCGAUGGCGCCGGUGCUGCUCCCGUUGCCGAUGAAGGAAAUCUUGAUGAUUUGUUGAACAACCCAGAGCUCCUUCAGCAAAUUGUGGAUGAUUUGCCGUCUGGGACUGAGGACAAGGACGACAAGGAGAAAAAGUAA